AUGACUUUAGGCAGCAUUCCACCAUCUUUGGGUAAAAUUUCCUCUCUUCGGAUACUUAGCAUAUCAAGAAACAAUCUAGGUGGAAAUAUUCCAGCUGAGAUUGGCCGGCUUUCAAAUCUACAUGUCCUUGAGCAGUCCUCAAAUAAACUUUUAGGUGCAGUUCCUCCUCAGCUCUACAACAUUUCAACUCUCCGGAUCUUUUCUAUUACUAACAAUCUAUUAAGUGGACGGAUUCCUGCUACUGUGGGAUUGACUCUUCCAAACCUUACUUUAUUUUCGGCUGAUUUGAACCAAUUCUUUGGAUCAAUUCCAACUACAUUAGCAAAUGCUUUAGGGCUUAUAAAAUUUAGCAUAGAAGACAAUUCAAUCACGGGACCAAUUCCACAAAAUCUAGGUAGGCUGCAAGAACUUCAGGUUUUACAUUUUGGCCAUAAUCCCCUUGGAACUGGUAAAGCAAAUGAUAUUAGCUUUAUUUCCUCCUUAACAAAUUGCACAAAUCUACAAAUAUUGAGUUUGUCAAGAAUUCAAAUUGGAGGCAUACUACCAACUGCCAUUGCCAAUCUUUCAACCAAACUCACAUCUUUGUGGCUGAAUGAUAACAUUAUAUCUAGUAGCUUACCUUCUGGGAUUGGAAACCUUGAGCUUUAUCUGUCUAAUAAUAGCUUCACAGGAGAAAUUCCUUCAACAAUCGGUGACAGUUCAGAACUACAAAUUCUUGUAUUAGAACAGAACAUGCUUACAGGGCAAAUUCCAGCUUCUUUGGCAAAAUUAAACUUCAUCAGCACUCUAAAUCUUUCCUAUAAUAUGCUAGAGGGUGAAGUGCCAAUGGAUGGGAUCUUUGCAAACUCUAGCACCUUUUUAGCACUAGGGAAUGGAAAGCUAUGCGGAGGAAUCAAAGCAUUGAACUUAUCAUCUUGUCCUAAACCUACCAAAAAGAAAGCAAAGCUGUCUACUCCUAUAGUAAUAGUUAUUGCCAUUACUAUUCCUCUAGCUAUAGUUUUACUACUCAUAUUUGCCUAUGCAAUUCAUAGACUAAGAAGCUCAAAACAACAAUUAUCUUUUAGCUCUGCAGCAGAAAAACAGAAUCAGAAGCUCUCACAUGCAGAAUUAUAUGAUUCCACCAAUGAUUUUUCUUCAGAAAAUUUGAUUGGUGAAGGUAAAUAUGGCUCUGUUUACAAAGGGGUCCUCAAACCUGGUGAGCAAAUGGUUGCUGUUAAGGUUCUUAAGAUCCACCAACACGGUGCCCAUAAGAGCUUCUUGGCUGAAUGUGUAGCAUUGAGAAACAUCCGCCAUCGAAACCUUGUCAAGAUCAUAACCUCUUGUUCAAGUUUAGACUUCAAGCACAACGAUUUCAAGGCUUUGAUUUUCAAAUAUGUGCCUAAUGGAAUUUUAGAGAAUUGGUUACAUCCAAGGUCAGCUGAGGAAGAGGGACAAAGCCUAAUGAAGCUCCAGUUGAUACAAAGACUGAAUAUUGCAAUCGAUGUUGCGUCCGUGUUGGAUUACCUUCAUAACCAUUGUGGGACACCGAUUAUCCACUGUGAUAUAAAGCCAAGCAACAUAUUUCUAGGUGAUGAUUUUCGUGCCUUGGUUAGUGAUUUUGGCCUAGCAAAAUUUCUUUCCUCCAUCAAAGGUAAAUCCCAUCAACAUCAAAGCAGCUCAGUAGCAAUUAGAGGAACAGUUGGAUAUGUUGCUCCAGAAUAUGGCAUGGGUGGAGAGGUAUCAACACAAGGAGAUGUAUACAGCUAUGGUAUUCUAUUGCUUGAAUUGUUUACAGGGAAAAGGCCUACUGAUAGCAUGUUCACAGAAGAUUUUAGUCUCCAUAGUUAUGUUAAGACGGCUCUUUCCCAUCAAGUAAUGGAAAUUGUUGAUCCAAAGAUCUCAAUGGAAGCAGAAUCCAUAGCAGGCAUGAUCACCAAUACAAGCAAAGGCAGCAUCAUCAGUCAGGAGAAAUGCUACCUAUCGAUGUUUUGGAUUGGUGUUUCAUGCUCUGCAAAAAUUAAGAGGGACAGGAUGAAUAUUAAAGAUGUCCUCAGUGGAUUACAAGCAAUCAGGAAUGAGUUUAUUCGGGUUAUAAAUGAGAGCCAAAUGAGAUGA